UUGACAUCACGAAACGUCAAACAGAAAGUGCCGUACAUUAUGAAUGAACAUGGAAAACAGUGGUUUUAUACGAUUUUCAAAGAAUAAUCGUAUAAACCUCAGUGAGGUUUUAUCGAUUUCAAUGAUUAGAACAUCAUUUAUAUUAGUUGUGUUUUUGACGGGCAUAGCAGUUGCUUAUUUAUCGACUUAUUUACCGGCAGUCUGGCUGUCUGUUUUCACUUCUCCUGGAAAACCCGAACUUGGAAGCACACUUUCAGCACAUGACACUUCAGUUAUAGUACGAGUCAGUCAAAGACUGGUUCCACCAAAUCCAGGAGUCAGUAGAGAGGCAGUAACUUCAAUGAAUCUGGCUUUGGAUAUGGAAGCUCAAGGCAAAAGAGAAAAGGCAUUGAAGCUGUAUCUUCAUGCAAUUAAUCUGGAUCCUUUGCAUGUAGACAUUCUCACUGCUUAUGGAGAAUUCUUAGAGAAAAUUGAGCAUGAUAUUACUUUAGCUGACAGUAUGUACAAUAGAGCCUUGCAUAUAUGCCCAGAGCAUUCAAAAGCUUUAGUAGCCAAGCAGAGAAUUCAACCACUGGUCGAAGAAAUUGAUCUGAAAAAUUUUAACAGAAUUGAUAAGAAAUUGAAACAUUUUAUGAAAGUCCCUCAUAAUCAUCCUGGUUUGCGGAGAGCUAAAAAAGAAUCUUAUUUUCAACAUAUUUAUCAUUCCAAUGCUAUCGAAGGGAAUACAUUAACGUUAAUGCAAACUCGUUCAAUUAUAGAAACAAGAAUUGCUGUUGGAGGGAAAAGUUUACUUGAACAGAAUGAAGUGCUAGGACUAGAUGCUGCUUUAAGUUUUGUAAAUAGUACUUUGUUAGGCAAAAUUGGUAAUAUCUCUUUACUAGAUAUUCUCGAAAUCCAUAAAAGAGUGCUAGGAUAUGUAGAUUUAACAGAAGCAGGUCGAUUAAGACAGACACAAGUUUUUGUUGGUGAUUUUACACCCCCUGCAGCGCAGGAUAUACCAAGUUUGAUGGAUGGAUUUAUAGAAUGGAUGAAUUCAGAAGAAGCUUUACAACUUCACCCAAUCGAAUAUGCUGCAUUGGCUCAUUAUAAACUUGUAUAUAUCCAUCCGUUUUAUGAUGGAAAUGGAAGAACAUCCAGGUUACUUAUGAAUCUUAUACUCAUGCAAGCGGGUUAUCCUCCCGUUAUAGUGAGAGUAGAAGAUAGACAGACUUAUUACGAUACCUUACAGUUAGUAAACAUGGGUGAUGUACAUCCAUUUAUAAGAUUCAUAGCAGAAUGUACAGAAAGAACGUUAGACUAUUUUCUGGUGGCUACCUCUGAUGUACAUAGUGGUUUAACAAUACAAAAAAUCAACACGACUAAAAAUGUGAUAGUAGGGGGGAUUGGGGAAGAAUGACCAAAGUUAGAUAUUUUUACAUUGUACUAGAAUUUAUUAAAUUGUUUUGUUGACUAA